GGAGCUUGAAAAGCUGCCAAUAAUUUUGUUGAUCCGACGUUGUACGCUGUUUAUAGGAUGGCCAGAGGGAGGUACUUAGUUACAUACUUACCACAAGAGCAUCAACGUGAUCAUGAAGAAGAACAUUUUUUCGGUCUUUGAUUUUAAAGAUUUGUACGGUUUUAGUUUACCGCUCGCCCGACCAUGCCGGUGUUUUCAAGCGCGAAUAAUUGUCUCGCUUUUUGUCACUGUCUUUGAUGAUGCAAAAAGGAGGAUUUUUUCGAUUUACCUUGUUAUAUCAUUUUGCUUCGCAUCAUAUGAUGAAUUUUUAGAAGAUCAAGAUGCUCGGCGACGUUUUUCUGCACAUCUACCAUGUUACCAACCGCAAAGAGGUGAAACAGUUCAACGACCUGAUUGGUAAGCUAACCACGGAAACUAUUGGGGCCUACCACAUCGGUGUUGAGGUGUACGGCCGCGAGUGGAGGAUAUGAGGAAGGAAACCAUUUACCCUAUGGUGGUCGAGGAUAUGAGGAGGGCGUUUGGUUUGACGUCUAUCACGAAGGACUUCUACCAGCAUGCGGAGGAGUAUGAACGACAAGCAGGUGCAGGACGAGUAAAAAUAGAAGAGAGUCCACUCUCUCAAGAUGAUGAUGGUGCCACAUCAGACCGGAAGCACAGUCCCGCUUCCGACAUGAGAGACCGGGAAACUAUGAAACUCCAGAAUAUGAAUAGCACUCCUCACCAUGCAGAUGUAGAUGAUGCACCGUCGCCGGAAGCUGUUUUAGAUGCUCCCGCUGUGGAGGAGCUUGUAGAGUAAAAGUUGAGGAAUUUUUUAGGAGUGUAGUCGGUGAAAAAAAACUACGUGCCGCCAAGAAAGACUCCGCACGAAGUUGUUGAAAGCAGUUUGCGCAACACCUACGGUUUCGUGUGGUGAACAUUUUUGCUCGAUGACAAGACGCAGCACAAUGUCGACAUGCUCAAACGACAAAUCAAGAUCAUUUCUUGCGUUCUUCGUCGAUUCGAAUUCGUUUUCGGCGAUGUCAUUCCGCCGGGAAAUGACACUUGUGUUUCGCGCACAAAUACUCAAUCACUAAAGCUGGAAGAUAGACGAGCGUCUGUUAGAAGGUGUUGUGUGAGUGACUUGUCUGUGUUGAUAUAGGGGAGUUUGGGAACAAGAGAGCGGUGUCAUCACCUGCGUGAAGUGUGUCCCAUUUUUCCCUCCGGUGUAAGACAGUGAAAAAUGAGUUUGGUUGUUAUCGUACUCGAUGUCGAUUGCAAGUUGUGAUAAUGCAACUUUAUUCAAUUCAUUUCUCCGUCAUGACGAUGUUUCUAAACUACGAAAUAAACGCCUAAAGUCCACCAGCAGGCCUGUUCUUUGCAAGCAGCCCCAUUGUGUCGACAAGAUGAGCAGCAUGAUGCGGCCGCUCAUCAUCUUUUCUCUGCUGCUUGCUGGGGUCGUCGACGCCGUGCAGCAGUCUGUGGCGAUCGAAAACGACGCGGAAAUGUACAGUGCGGAGCCCUCGCCCUCGGAUCCCUUUUUCGAGGGCGGGGCGGUGAACGCCGAAAAAGAACGUACUUCGACUUUACCCUGCUGGUCUUGAAUUUUGCAAAAACAAAAAAAGUUCCUUCUGGUUUGGCUUUUGCGAGUCCCACCUACCACAUAGGAAUUUUGAUGUCACCUGGAUUUGAUAUCGAAGAUCCGUUUUCCACCAUAACGAGAUCGAGCCGCACACAAACCAUCAACCUACCUAGGUACACCAGCGGCAGCCUCAGGGAAAACCUCCCGGCCGUCUGCGUUCACGGAAACCUCCGCCAUGGCUCGUCUGCAGAAAUUGUUCACUUCAGCCAAGAGUCGCGUCCACCAGGUAAAGGAGGCGCAGAAGAUCGCAAGCGUAUGCAGUGCAAAACAACAAGUAUCGUGCUCGUUCUCGUACCAACUAUUGCAGGAAUGCAUGACGAACAAGACAAAAUGUUUUGCGAAGCUGAGUCAGCAUUUAAUGCUGACUCAGCUUCGCAAAGCGCUUUUCCUUGUCGAGUUGGCAAAAUUUGUCAUGCGGUUUUAACCAGUAGCCCUGCCUAAGUUACAUUCGUCUUGUUGCUUGGCAAUGCAUAAACCGCUUCCCAGCAGCAUUUCAAAACGCUCGUACUCGACCUCGCACUGGACUACAACGUCAGGCCGAUGACCGUUUUAUACGCCGCGCGGUUUCUAUGUGCUGCAAUUGUGGUCCCGCUCCCACCCACUCCACAUACAUACAAACUUGUCGUGCAAUAAAGAAACACCAACGACACUUGAUGAGCAACAGAGUUAUUCGAUAUUCCACCACUUGCAGCUGCACAACUUUGCUGGUUUCGAUGAACCACUAUUGAAAGAAUGUCUCGCAUGACAAGAUGGAGCAGGUAGCGGCACAAAAAUGUUUCUAUUGCAUACUUCAGCUCUUUGGACACGGACGGCAAUGACGUCCUCGAAGGGGCAGAAUUCGGCACGUGCCCGCUGUCCGCGGAUCUGAAUGAGGACAAGAAAUUGGACUUCCCCGAGUACGACCAGCAUUGCAGCAGUCAGCAACAGAACGCAGACAGUGCCGCCUCUGCCAGCAGCUCGUCGUUUACCGAAAUAACGCAUGUCGAAGCUGGCGAUAUGACAAGUGGCAGAGCAGGAGCGUCCCCGACACCGGUGACAGAAGUGGAAGCCACGGAUGUUCUUGACGAGGCGGCCUUUCUGGAGAAGAGCAGGGGGAGCGAGUCGCGGUCGUCGUUUUGUUGUAGCAGCAGCGAAGCGCCGCGGUCUGCAAGCAGGUACACGAUAGAAGCUUGCUCUGGCUUCCUCUAUGCUCCUGCACAUAUUAGUGCCAAGACCGAGAUAGAGUCAACUUAUUGCGACGAUUCAUCGCUUUCGAAGCAACUGCUAGAUGUCAGGAGUCUUCGUUACGAUGACAAGAAUAAGAAACAUCACGAUCACCAUCUUCAUCAGGCCCGGCCCCGACCCUGGCGCCGAGGAGUUCGUCGUCCUCCCAGGAAGGCAGGAGUACGAGGCGAUUUUGAAAGCUAGUAACCCAGAGCAAAAAAAGGAGUACUUUUUUUGGAUUCCGAACUAUACAUAGUUUGCUGCACAUAUAUUAUAUUUCUUCGUAGGUAGCCGUUCACUUCAGGUUCUUCAUCGUGUUUAUUAGACCACUAACUUCUAACGUUAUGCUUUUGCAGUGCAGUUUAUUUUUCUGCGUCUCGGAGGAGAUGGAGAAAUCUGCGCGAAACGAGCAGGGCUUAGCGAGCCAGUAGUUAAUAUGAAUAUCAUCGGUCAUGUGUAUGCAUCGCUGCUCGUGCACGUGCAGGAGCACGAAGACGAAUUUAUUUGCAAGCGGGACCAGCGCCAGCGCAGGACAAAUAACGUAAUUACAGGCCACCUCUCGUUCGAGACAUUAUCUCCCUUAUCAUCACUGCUGUUUGUUGUACUUCUGACAUCACAGGGAGGAGAAAAGAAGAAAACAGGCGGACCAGGCGCGGCGCACGAACACUUGGGGCCUGAUUAGCCUCUGAUCGCGAUACCAUUUUGCAGCGGGAGGACCUGGCUGGGACGAACAUGUAGGACAACCACAAUCAGAGUCCCCGGAUCCUGGUGUAGGACAACCGCAACCAGAAUUACCCGAUGGUGGUCGAGGAUAUGAGGAGGGCGUUUGGUUUGACGUCUAUCACGAAGGGCUACCAGCAUGCGGAGGACUAUGAACGACAUGCACGUGCAGGACGAGUAAAAAUAGAAGAGAGUCCACUCUCUCAAGAUGAUGAUGGUGCCACAUCAGACCGGAAGCACACUCCCGCUUCCGACAUGAGAGACCGGAAAACUAUGAAACUCCAGAAUAUGAAUAGCACUCCUCAACAUGCAGAUGUAGACGAUGCACCGUCGCCGGAAGCUGUUUUAGAUGUUCCCUCUGUGGAGGAGCUUAUAGAAUAAAAGUUGAGGAUUUUUUAGGAGUGUAGUCGGUGAAAAAAAACUACGUGCCGCCAAGAAAGACUCCGCACGAAGUUGUCGAAAGCAGUUUGCGCAACACCUACGGUUUCGUGUGGUGAACAUUUUUGCUCGAUGACAAGACGCAGCACAAUGUCGACAUGCUUAAACGAC